AGCAGCACCCCUUCUACGGCCCUGUCAGUGGUGUGGGAGCCACCACCAACCCUCCACGCGGGUUCAGAACGCUCCACCGGACCCCAUCACGAGCCUUGUAUUUAGUAGUGCACAGGGUUGAUCCCAUGUAUGCAUGCCAUUUAGUUUCAGCCUGAAACUAGCCAUCGCGCAACCGCCAGUUUCAUCAUUUCUUUCUUCAUCGUUGGAUAGAACCGGUUUCAGCACAACGGUUUUCGUCGUAAGACUUGCCUCCUCGUCAGCUCGCUAAAUUCACUCCCCGUCCACCAUGUCUGAAAAGCCUCAACUCACCUUGGACCAUCCGGAAGAGUCGGCCCCUACCUAUAAACAACACGCCAAGAGUGCCGAAUACAACGAUGACACUAUUUCCAACGAACCAAAGCCCAACCCCGGCAUGAGCCUCCAUCCCAACAGAGACUCCUCCUCCAGCGACGAGGGCUCCAGCUACAUGGACAUGGCCUCUGGGUACGACCAGAACCUGAACGAGUGCACCGAGUUCUGUAUUGAGCUUUCCACCUGUUUUGGAUUGUUGGAGACCUGUUGUCCCGCCAAUGGUGAGGGUUGCUUGACCACCUCCGCCGUGUUCUGUGGUAACAUUUUGUCCGACUUGGAGUUUCCUCUUGCUGGAGAAAACGCUGAAGCGAGUGGCCCUACUUCCACGGUAAGCUUGCCAGCAGUCCAUCUUAUGCUUGGUCUGAAGUAUUUGCCGCUUGCCCCAGAGAAGUUGGCUAAGGCGAGCUCUGUGGACUGCCUUCAGGAACCUAAGGAAAAGCUGAAUGCCGAAACUCUGUGUUUCAAAACUUUGGUUACCCCUGUUGCUCCCCACACGCUGCGUGUAGCCACGGAACAGUCUCAGAAUGCCCUUCAUACUCGCAUCACAGCUGCCUCCAGUGAGCACUCGAAUGGACCCGUGAACCAGAGAAGCACGCUUCCGGGCGAAGAAUUGCCAUCUGGGAUUCCUCUAACCUCCAAAUACACGGUUUGUCACAACCUUGCAGGAGCUAGAUUGGCUGAGCCCGUCCUCACUGAGCCCGUGCAAGCCAAAGCACUGGUAGGGACAGAUCCAACUCCAUCUGGAGCCAAUUCAGCUAUUUUCAAGCACUCAUCCAAUUCCAAAAAUGUCCUAGCUAAACCAGAAGAGCGAGUUACAGAAGCUGAUUCAAUGAAGUUGUAUUCAAGCAACGAAAGUAUUGACUCCGCUGCUCUCGUUAGCACAGCGGGCCAGUUCCAGCCCUCAAUGAGUAAUGAAAGUGAAGACUUGAACCCUAGUACCAUUGGCCAAAGAUCAAGGAUGAAAUACAAGAUACCUACAAUUUUCCUUACCAUUAUGUUGGUUUUGAUGUUAGCUUGUUUUAUUCCUAGCAUAGUGAUACUUUCACUAGGUACUAGAAAAUCAGUUAUCAAUUAUUUUGCUAGAAACAGAGACCAGUCCAGCUUCUUGCAAGACUUAGUAAGCCUAUACUCAAACGAAUCUACAUAUUCCAGGCCUAGUCAAGUCAAUGAUAGCAACGUUUCCUGGUCACUACUCUCAAUGAAUGAUACACUAGGGGAUUUGUUAAGCGAGCCACAGCUCGAUUUAUUCUAUGGGCUUGCUUACUCCCCGAGAAAUGCAAUGGAGCCCAACUGUGGACUAACACGAGAAGAAACUUUAUUGGAUAUCGCUAAGAUCUCACGAGUCACCACCAGGGUGAGAAAUUACGGAAUGCAAUGCAAUCAAACUGAGUUUAUUCUUGAUGCAAUUCAAACCUUGAAUUUGAACAUGACGCUAGCAAUGGGUGUCUGGAUUGGAAGUAAUUGGACAGUAAACAACUUACAGUUACUGAUGAUGAAUAAGUUAUUAAAAAGGUAUCCUGAAAAGAUGUUUGAAAGUGUUUUCAUUGGGAAUGAGGUACUCUUUAGAGAGGAUAUACUGAGUAAUGAAUUAAUUCUUACCAUAAACACGACAAGGAAAUAUUUGCAUUCAUUGGGGUACACAAUUCCAGUUGGAACGUCUGAUCUUGGCUCCUUGAUAAGUGCUGAUUUGAUACAAGCUUGCGAUAUUAUAGGGGCCAAUAUUCAUCCAUUUUUUGGUGGCGGUCAUGUUGAUAAUGCAGUUGAUUGGGCUCUCAACUUUUUGAAGUAUCAAUUAGAACCAAUGAAUCUCGGAAAUACCAAGAUUGCAAUAACUGAAGUUGGUUGGCCUACUUCAGGCGGUAAUCACCAAUCAGCAGUUGCAAAUUUAGAUAACUUUAGGCGUUUCGUAGGAGAUUUUAUUUGCAAAUCCAAAAAUAUUCAAAAUCCCUAUUAUUUUUUCGAAGCUUUCGAUGAACCAUGGAAGAAAAUAUUCUAUGAACAAAGCAACAAAUGGGAGACUGAAUGGGGUAUUUUUCAUACAUCGAGGAAGAACAAGAUUGAUUGGUCUACUUUAGAAAAAUGUUAA